AUGACCUUCAUCUUUUUGUCACUAAUAUGUUUUUGGACAGCGAUAGGAACUGCGGAGAUUUUUAUUCAAGGAAAAGAUGAAUCAGGGCGUGUCUUUGUUUCCUCCGGACUUUAUUUAAAUGACAUUAAUUUGGAAUGGUUCGUGCCAUCUAAGCAGCAACAGGCCGUUAAAUCUAGCUCCAAAGCAUACGUUUACUGGCAGGACAAUAUAAACGAAAGGAACUACGUCUUAGUCGUUCGGUCUGUUACUACAGAUGAUUCGGGACUAUAUGUUUGUCGGAUGGGUCGGCAAGACGGCGACCAGUAUCGCGAAAUAGCGCUGGACCAAGUCGACGUGACAGUCGAACGAAGCGUGAUUGCAACCGACUGCCCAAACGAACAAUGGAUACCAAUGACAGAGAGUUUAAACUCCCGUUCGAGCGGAUUCGCCGAACCAAUGUAUUCUGUGACCAUUCGAUGCGUCGUUGAAGCGCUGCCUGCGCCAGUUGUGCACUGGCGAUUCAAAGGAUCUAAUCUGGUUACCGGUCAGCGUUAUAUCACUUCCGUUGUUGGCUUGACCAUCUUCAACCCCACACAAGCGGAUGAAGGCCUGUACACCGUCAUCGCGAAUCAACCGAAUAACACAGUAGUAUUUGAUAUACGUGUACUCGUUUUCAGGCGUCCUCGUAUUGUUCACGGACCAGUCAUUCUCGGUCCUUAUGAAGGUACAGUGGUUUCUGGAGGAGAAGCAUAUUUGCAGUGCCUUGCUGAGGGCUUCCCUCCUCCCACGAUACACUGGUAUCGUUUACGUGACCCUCAGACAGAACUUCAACGGCUAGAUCCGCGUAAAUUUUUCGUAAACACAAAUGCUAAAGUUGGGAAAUUAAGAAUAACGCAAGCAGACUUUCCAGAGGACUCUGAUGUAUAUAUUUGCCGGGCUAUCUUACCUGUGCCAAACGCCUACGGCAGUUCAAGGGAAGAAAGGAUCGACGAAGGUUAUCUGCGAGUCAAUGUGACACUGACUCCUCGCCUCAUCCCUUUGAAUACAAUGCAUCAGUUCGUCGAUGUUGAGGGUACGGUGACGGUCCAUUGCAAGGUUAGGGCAACGGAUCCUCUGCAGUUUUACUACACCAAAUGGAAUAGUAAUCACUCGUACGUGUUAGGCACUCAACCGCAUGACCCACGGAUUGAGGUCCGAUUUGAACUGGACGCCGAAGAUGCUCUGAACCACAAUCUCUACUUGACUAUACGUAACGCCAGCCACCACGAUACAUGGAAUUACACCUGCCAUGCACACAACGUAGGUCUUCCGAAAUGUUGGAACACAACCAUUCAAGUGAUGCAACGUCCGCAAAUGAUGCCUCGUUCGAACACAGAAGACAAAGAUGAAUGGAGUGCGCUGCGCUUUGGGUGGAGAGAUAAUUCCACGAAUUUGAGCUGCAGUUCUUUCGGCAUGCCACACCCUGUAUGGACAUGGUAUCGACGCGGUGAACAAAUCUUGAACGGGGUGAACUCAACCUUCACCAUAAUAUCACUCGAUUAUUGGAAUUGGAGUCAGUCGUGGCUACAAGUGCAACCGUGUCGGCAUACAGAGCAUUUCAUUUACGACGAAUAUGUUUGUAAAGCUACCAAUUUAAGAGGUACCAAUCAGAGCCGAGUUCAGUUUCGACGAGCGUCAGUUCCCGGGCAACCAGUGUUGAUUGGACACCACGUCACUCAGUCCACCAUUGAAAUCUUCAUUGGUCCUCCUUUACACACCGGUGGAUUGUAUCCAAUCGGAUAUGAAUUACACUACACAAUAAGUGGCCAAGGAGGUUGGUACGGCCCGGUCUAUUUCCCUUUGGAUACUUCUACUGGAAAUGGACGGCCCAAAAUGAGACUUCAUGGGCUUAUUGGAGGAACCGGGUAUCAGAUUCGCUUAUCGGCAAGAAAUAUUGUUGGAACUGGAACAUCAUUGAGCUUUGUUGUUCGCACGCUGGAUAGUACACGACCCGGACCGGUACAAAUCGUGGAUCGCUACGUCGCUAACGAUCCAUACAGUCACGUCAUCAACUGGAUCCCACCGUUGGAAGGAGGACUUCCAAUCACUGGAUACCGUAUCCGAUUACGUCCCGUCGUCCUACGGGAAUCGUCUGUGGCCCCCAAAAGAUGGUUUGUGAAUCCAGUCAUUGUCUCCCACGGUGCAUGGUAUGAGACCUCCCCGCUGUUUAACAACCCGUAUCUCAGCUAUUAUCAUUUAACCAACCUGGACCCCGAUCAAGUUUAUCAAGUAGUUGUUGAAGCUGUGAACGCCCUCGGUCGAUCGUUAGACGGGGUGGACAUUGAUCGAUUCGGCUACGUGAAUCGCACACCGAGUGAAUCACCAAUAGUGCACUAUGGUCAAGAUAGAGAAGAGGCAGGCCACUGUGACCGGCUGCACUCCACACAUUGCUUGAUCCCAAUUUGGUCAGUGUUCCGUACACCCACCGCCGAUCCGUAUGGCAGGCCUCCUCUAGUAUUCGGACGAGCUUCAUUGCUAGUUUCGCCUAAAAUUCAUUCGAUGAUUACCUUUCUACGUUCGAGCAUCAUUGUCUUGAUAUCGCGGUUGUAUUUCAUAUGCUAA